UAGGCGGGGAGUUGGCGGCGCCCCUGGGAUCCCAGGACCCAGACCGCGCUUCGUGAUCCUCGCCAUCAGUCGCAACACGGAGCGCGCGCGAGCCACGAGUGGAGGCCGAUCGCCGCGCUGUCCCUGGACUUAAUAGGCGCUCGCUGACAACGCUUGCUAGCGACACACACGCACACACACGCGCGCGCACAGCCACGCGUUCGUGCCAUACACAGGUACACGUAGACACACACCCGACCCAACACGCGAGCGCACAGAGACGCAAGUAAACACGCGCACGUGCGCACACAGCUACGCGCGCACAUACUCGUGCCUGUCACGUGCACGUGUAUACAGAGGUACAUACACACGUACGAGUACACUCACGCGUACACACAUUGGGAUACACACGCAGGUGCACGUACGCACAACCGGCUAAAUACACAGACACAGACGCGAAUACACAAGCGCGUUCAGAGUCGCAGGAGCAGACACACACGGGAACUUGCACACUCGCACACAGGCAAGUCCACACGCGAACACGCACGCUCACACACUCAUGCAAACGCACGGUCAGCUACACGGCGGGACCAUCCCAAAGCUCGAGAACGGGGUCGCGUCUGGACCCCGCGGCGCGCACGGGGCUCCCCUCGUCUCGGGGGACCCCGGGGGAAGCAACGGGGACCCCGGCGCCAAGGCGGAGAGGCGGGAGGAGUCGCGGGAGGUGAAGGCGGUGAUCGUGGGAGACGGAGCGUGCGGGAAGACCUCGCUGCUCAUGGUUUACGCAAAGGGCGCCUUCCCCGAGAAGUACACCCCGUCCGUGUUCGAGAAGUUCUCCACCACCGUGGCGCUCAACAAGAACACCGUGGUGCCGCUCUCCCUGUGGGACACCUCGGGACAAGAGGACUACGACCGCCUGCGCCCUCUCGCCUACCACGACACCCACGUGAUCCUCAUCUGCUUCGACGUCACGAGUCCCGACAGCCUCGACAACGUCUUCUCCAAGUGGGCCCCCGAGGUGGGCCACUUCUGCCGCGGCACGCCCGUGCUGCUCGUGGGCUGCAAGAGCGACCUGCGCAAGGACAAGCUGCGGCUGCGGCGCCUUCGCGAGCAGGGACAGGAGCCCGUCACCUACACGGCGGCCACGGAGGCGGCGCAGCGCAUCCAGGCUCACGAAUACCUCGAGUGUUCGGCCAAGUUCUUCGAGAACGUGAGCUCCGUGUUCCGCGACGCAGUGCAGCUGGGGCUGCGCACGCAGCGCAAGGAGAGGCGGCGCGCGGGGCGGAAGGCUCGCGCGUGCACCCUGCUCUGAGCCACCGCAGCCCCCACCCCCCAUCCCUUCUCAAACAUCCUCGAUCGUCCUCGACUAUCGACGUGACAUUGACCGCUGGGAUGGACCAAGCAGCGGCCUCCUCCUGGACUUCCUCGGCCUCGCCCAAUCCUCUUCGGCCAUCGACAACCCCAGUGGCCGCGUGAUGGACCAAACCAUGGCCUCCAACAGCCGCCGAUGAGCUUCUCCACCCACCACCUCCCACCCCAACUCCUCCACCCACCACCUCCCACCUCAACUCCUCCACCCACCACCUCCCACCCCAACUCCUCCACCCACCACAACUCCUCCACCCACCACCUCCCACCCCAACUCCUCCACCCACCACCACCUCAAGUCAACAACCCCCCCCACCCCACCAAAUGGAUUGAAGCCAUGUCCGAGUCUGCAAACCGGCAAGUAUUUCCGGAUCUGGCACACCACAUCCAUCAUACCUCUCGCUGUGGCCGUGGCGACAACAGCACAUGCCACCAACUCCACUCUACCAGUGGACCGGGAACACAACCAGGGAGGAAUGAAAUCCCUGAACGAGCCAAACGCUCGCCUCCCACGUGCCGCUCAACGGCUCCUCAGACAGACACACGCGAAGGGACCAGAGGAUCCUCCGACUCCUGGCCAGGAACUCUCCCCUCGAGAGCUAAGAGUUUUCUUCGUUACUUUAUUCUGCUAACGUUUGCAUGGCGACGCGGGGCACAUGCCUUCAAACCCGAGAUCGUUGAACUGCCGUCUUCGGGACCUGGACGCAAACCAUCGCGGCUCGAAGUCGCGGGCGACAAGGGGCUCCGGGAGAGGAGCGACUUGUCUGGGAGAGAAGUGUGAGCGGCCCUCAGGAGCCUCCCCUCACGCGGGUCAGGGUCUGGAUCAAGGAUUUAGCCCCAAGUACAGAGGGAUUGCUGCAAUCCUGCGGGAGAGGCGCCCACGGGUGAUCCCAGCCGUGGCUACGACGUCACGCUCAGCCGCUAGGACCAGCCGUGGUGCCGUGGUGUUUAAAACAAAGUCUCCGAGGACAGUGUUCGGCUACGAGUACAUGCUGGUGGAAAGGCCGAGACACUCGACGUCACACGGCCGAUUCGUAUGUUUCGGUGGUGGUGGCGGAGACAUCCGCACGUUUUUUUCCAAAAAAUGCGAACAAAAAACUA